AACGUUUCCACUCAUCUUUGUACGUUUUUUUUAACGCUACUGCGCUAUUUUACGACCGGGAUGCGUCAAAGACGAACUCGUCUGUAUUCAAACGUCAGAAAGGAUGUCAACAAGGAAGGGAGGAAGGGUACAAAGAAACACCGAAUAUAACGACUAAUAGUAUUCCGGUUUGCGUCAACGGAAACAUGUCUGCCUUUGCUGGUGCAGGUUUCCAUUCUGCCGCAGUCUGUUUUGAUACCGCGACUGCGACAAAAUGGACGGUUAUAUAGUCGUCGUUCAGUUGUCCGUUGAGUGGAGCGCGCUCGCGCUCGCGCUACACUGCGGGUGGGUAUGAACUGUUCCUGGGGGAUGGAGCGAUGGGUAACGAUAGGUAACGACACGAAAUGUAACGUGGACGUUAUCUACUCAACGGAAGCUGCUCCGCCGUGUAAACGCCCGUUCUUCCAUUAGUUAAAACAUGUAACGUUACAGAGAGCGUCCCGAGGAGGGAGACGCGACAUGACGGACUCCGGAGAGCCGGCGAGCCUCCCCGGCUGCUCCGGCCUCGGGUUCCCCGCGGGCCGAGGACUCCCGGGCCGGGUCAGGAAUCUCUCCGCUCCCGCUCCACCUGGAAGACUGACGUCGCUUCGCACCAGGGACCUGACACUCGGGGGAGUCCUGAAGAAGACAAAGAAAACCUUUGAGCCCAACGUCCACGCUGUGAGAAAGAGCAAAGACGAGUUAAAGGAAGAGAUCCACGUGGCUCCGAAGAGGGAGAGGAGACAGAGGAGGAGAGCGAACAGGGGGGGGAGAAGAGAGAGGCCUCCGACGAUCCAGUCUCACUCCAUCUUUGAGCAGGGCCCUGCCGACAGCGUACGCAGAGCAGGCUGGCGUGGAGCUACGGAGCUGCAGGACUCCACCGCUUCACCCGUCUGCAAACUCGUGAAGAAAGAGAGGAAGGACUUGGAGGAGGAUGAAGAGGAGAUACUCACAAAACUACAGAGGGAUGAUUUCAUAGACGACCCGGGUCUGAGGAACGAUGCCAAGCUGAAGCCCAUCCAGCUUCCUCUUUGUCAAACACUGGCAGCCAGCUCGACAGGUCCGGAGAACCCCUCUCCGUUCAGCCGGGCGGAGCUGCCCAGACCCGAGCAGCCGUCCGUGGUGGAGCUGCUGCAGGACCUCAGCCUGUCGGGCAGAGAGGAGCUCUUCUUCAUGCAGCUGCCCGACAGUAUGCCGGGCAGAGAUUCUGCACAGAAGGCCCAGUCCUCCUCAGAGAAAGCGGCCAGGAAAGAAGACAAGCGGCCGGCACAUCUACAAGCACACGAGGGCUGUCCUGUGCUCUCUCAACUCCCAGAGGGGUUUCUGGGUAAACUGCAGAUCAGGAAGUCAGGAAAGGUGGAGCUGAAGCUGGGUCACAUCGUCAUGGACGUCUCUGAGGGAGCUGCUUUUUCCUUCCUGCAGCAACUGGUGUCCGUGCGUCUGUCUGACGGCCGAACCGGAGACAUGAUGGUGGUGGGCAACGUGCACCACAAGCUGGUCCUGUCUCCAGACUUCCAGGCUUUACUGAGGCAGGCUGCACCGAAGCAGCAGCAGCAAGGACCCUGACCCCCCCUCCUCCUCCUCACUCUUUUUAGGACAAUUGAACUGAUGUGUUGUUACCACGCCGACCGGUCAUUCAAACCCUGAUGGGAGGGGCUACGGUUUCAGUCCCUCGCCAUGUGUGCCGUGGGUCUUGUGGAUGAACAUUCCCGGAGCGCCCGGCCAGCAGCUGCUCUGUGUCCGCGGUCUGAUGGAGGUGUUGACGAUGAAGCCGGUCGAUCAGCGUUCUGCUUUUUAAAAGCUCUGAAGGAAACCAACGGUGUAACGGCUGCUCCGGAGAUGUAUUUAAUGAUAUCUGUUGUACCUGCAUCUUUUUAUAUUUUUGUAACCUUGUCACGGUUCUAUUUCUGGUUUAAUAAUCAGAAUAAUAUAGAAAUCUGAUGUACA